AUGUCAACGAAACCAACCCUCAUCCUCGCCCCGGGCUCCUGGUACCCAGCCUCAACCUUCGAUCCCCUCGCAUCCCUCCUAAAUGCCCACGGGUUUACCACAAAAACCGUUAGCUGGCCGUCCGUGUCCGAGCGUGCCUCCUCCGUCACAUCUCUAUCCGAAGACAUCGACGCCCUACGCGCGCUGAUCAAACCAGAAGUCGAGGCUGGGAGGGACGUCGUGGUAAUCGCGCACAGCUGGGCCGGUUUACCUGUGAACAGCGGGGUGGGCGAGUUCAUCAAACAACAAGGAGGCGAGAAGGGCGGCGUCGUCAAGCUCCUCUUCAUAGCCGCAUUCAUACCCGAGAUUGGGCACAGUCUCGUCUCGACGUUUGGUGGCGAGGCGGAAUGGUAUGUUAAGGAUGAAAGCAACAAGACCGUCUUCCCCAGUACACCGUACGACCUUUUCUUCCAUGAUGUCGUGGAUGGCGCAUCCUGGGCGUCGAAGUUACGGCCCGCCGCAUGGUCGACGACCAUCGCGCCGGCCACGGAUGCAGCGUAUCUGAAGCUCCCGAGCUCGUAUCUGCUCUGUGAAGAGGAUCGCGCGAUUCCGGCGUUUGUGCAGCAGAUGAUGGUUGAUAAGGCGAGGGCGAACGGGGCCGUCAUGGGGACCGAGAAGGUUAAGACGGGGCAUACGCCUUGGUUGGUGGAGGGGAUGGGGGAGGUCGUUGUGAAUUGGAUUAGGAAGGGGGUGGAGGAGCACAACAACCUAUUGUUCAACGUGUCAGACCAACCAAAUAAAGGCACCUUCCACCUCUUCCCAAAGCUACCAGCUGAGCUCCGUCUAAUGACCUGGCGCGAAUGUCUUCCUCGCCAUGUCAAGGAGCUCGACAUGCCACAGGACAAAGCCAUGUGGACGAGGGCAAGCCCUCCCUGCGCUGAAAACUGGAAAAUAACAUUGAUCAAUGCAUCUCCGCCCAUGAUAUCACGCGUGCGCCGUGAAUCGAGGGCCGUGGCGUUCAAAAGCGUCCGCAAACGCCAGCAGGCUUUUGGGUCCGAACAAUACAGUUUGACUUCGCGCAGUUUAUGGUUGAACCGUCCUGGCCCUGAUUCAACACUCCGCAUGACUCCGUCCAUAUCAACUGGGGUUUAA